AUGUCCAUCCCCAGACCCGCAGUCUCCUCAAAACGACCCCGCUCUUCCUCAAGCAUUAGGUCGGAAGACGUGUUUUCCCCGCGCAAAAAGGCGCGCAGUUCCUCGGUCCAGGCGACCGCCUCUCCCGGUCGAUCCCCGCUAAUCCGAUCCCGACGCUUGAGCUCUGAGGUCCCAGAGUUGAGCAGUAAUAGUUUGGUUACUGGAAGACUCACGCCUGCACCUUCGGUUACACCUGCACCGACUUCUGCUCUUGGGAAAGUUGCUGCUGCUAGUAGCGAUAAGGAUACCAAGCCCGAGGCAUCCCCACCCACGACCAACCUGCCCGUCGCAAAAAGACGCCCGCGGCUAUCGCUGCCAGCGCCAGAGCCUGACCACCCCCAUCGCGAGGGGACAGCAGAUUCCGGUGGGUCGGCCGGGGAUGCAGAAGACUUUGCAGAGCUGCUGCGCAAUGGGUUCAGUCUUCAGGAGGCAGCGCUGUUCCAGCGUAUACAGAAGCGCGGGUUGGAACCUUUAAUGCCAGCACACUGGCAGGUGGACUUCUCCACGAUGCCAGACCAUCUAUUCACCGCUGCAGACGACCCAGCAUACAUCGAAUCGGUCACGCUGGACGGGACGUUCAAUGCCACAACGGCAUUCCAGACAAUGGUUAAUUUGGGCGGAUUUGUACGUGGGAAGUUGGAGGGGAAGCACGAUGCUGAGGCAAAGAUCGUUUCUAGCUUGAGGAAGUAUAUUCAAUGGUCCGUUGAUGACGCUAAGAUGGGUUAGUCCCCCAAAAAAUCUCUACCGCUCUGGUAUCAAUUCUGACAAAUACAAAAGCCGGCUUCGAAAUCCACCCCUUAAUAGCAAUAUCUUCUUCCCAGGGUAAGGACCCAGCCCACUGCGAGAAUCGCAUGGAUAAAGUAUACCUUCCCCCCCCUCUAUAACCCCUUCAAUGCAUACUAACCGAAUUAGAAACUCCGUGAGAUGGCCAAAACCCUCCGAUCCCGAGACUCGCACCUCCUCUCAACCGGACACCCCCGACCAGAAACCUCUUCAUCCACGGUUUACGGCCUCGCAGUCGCCGGCUGCGUCGCGGCACUAAUCACACUCAACGCCCGCGACGAGAAGGCGCCUACCAGGACUAUGCUAGUAGUAGACUUUUCAGAGACGAACACGGAUUUCUGGAAUGCUAUUUCGGUAUGCUCCCCCCUUUUUUCCACUCUUGCGUUGCACGUUGUGGUGGUGGGGGUAGGGCUAAUGGUGGUUUUGGCGGCCGGGGUUCUAGAUCGCACUACUAGUAAUUGCAGCCAGAGAUGACGAACUAGAACGGGUGGACUUUUAUAGAGACUGUGGGGUAGAGAGGGGUUGGAAGGCGGGGCAGGUAGAGCCUUGGCAGGCGAAGGGGAGGAGAAAGAGCGGGGUUGAAGAUGAUGAUGAGGAUGCGUAGUUCCAUCUACUCUCUGACUCUCGUGCGCUUUCGACCGUGGGGUAUUAGUAUUGUCAGGCUGUGUCCUCUUUGUUCCGCGUUUUUCUUUCCCUUUGUUUUCUUUGCUGUAGCGGGAGGGGGGGGGGGGGCGAUUGCAAGGGAGGUUUUGUCAGUGUUGGCGUUUGGAUUUGGAAUUCCCAGGGGUUGGAGAGGGUUGGAAAGUAGGUUACUGCUGCCAUAUGACGCAGCAGCAGCGAUGGUGGUGCCUCAGCGCCAGGAGGUAUGAUACCCUCGAUAUCGAGAUUUGCGUUUUUCCUACUUUCGAAUUAUUACUACCCGCACAGAGCACUGUUCUGUAAUGUAUUGUACCACUGUUUUUUCCUCCUUUCCCCUUUCCCCUCCUCCCCCCUCUCCUCCCCGUUCGGGUUCUCUAUGCAUGGCGCAAGAGGGAAGGAAGGGAGGGAGGAAGGAGAUGGUCAGAGAGGGGGGGAUGCCCACCUACUCACAUACACCUUCGCUACCAAUCACUUGGUUCCUUUUUCCUAUUUAUUUAUCUCCACAGGUGUAAUACCACCAUACCAGAUAUUUCUCACCUUCGCUUAAUUUGGCCUAUGGUAGUUUUUAGUUUAGCAGUCUAUCUACGAGACUCACUCUGAGAAUCGUUGGACGGGUGUGUAGGUUUAUUU